AUGGCGGCCAAGGCAGCAGACGACGGAACACCUCCGUGUAAGAAGACUUCACCUCCCGUGUGUUGUCCAGAGGUUUACGUCACCAAACCUCCGCAACCUAAGGAGAAAAAACCCGGACAACUCACGGAGAAACAGGUCAACCAAUUUUUCGAAGAGGGUUACGUGUUGGUGAAAGACUUCUUCACGCCAGAGGAGCUCCAGCCUGUGAGAGAUGCUGUGGAGGACCUGGUGGACAGACUGGCGGAGAAAAUGUACGCGGCGGGCAAGAUCAAAGAUACCCACAAUGGGGCGGGGUUGUUCCAGCGGCUCACGCUUCUGGAGAAGGAGUUUCCUGGCACGGCCGUGAUUCUGCACAAGUGGGGAAAACUGCCACAGGCGUUCCGGGAUCUGUGGACGAAUGAUCGGCUUCUGAACGCCGUGGAACAGUUCGUGGGACCGGACAUCGCCGGGCAUCCUGUCUGGAACCUUAGGACUAAGACUCCGAGCAACGAACAAGUUACCGUUCCGUGGCAUCAGGACAAUGCCUACCUCCAGCCUCCCUCCCUCGGUACCCUCCAGCCCACCGCCUGGAUCCCACUGCUCAACGCUACAAGGGAGAACGGUUGCAUGCAGAUUGUCCGCGGCGGCCAUAAGAAGGGUAUCACGGCGCCGCACGUCUGCUGUGCCGGGGGAACCUGGUACGUGGAACUGGCGGAGGACGACAUGGAGAAAACUCUGGGCUGCGACAUGAAGAAAGAUGUCGUGACAUGUGAAGUGCCAUAUGGCGGUGUCCUCUUCCUCAACAACUGUGUUCCACACCGCAGUCUAGAGAACAACUCUAAUGACAUCCGGUGGAGUCUGGACCUCCGUUGGCAGGACCCCGCCAAACCUUCAGGGUUCUGGGGAGACAAGAAGCCCGUUCUCAUGAGGACCGAGGAGGAUCCUGGGUACAAGCCCGUCUGGGAAGGGUUUGCUGACGUCAGCAAGCACACGCAGUAUGACGACAAGAUGAAAGAUACAGACCAGGAGGCGAAUGAUGACGAGUUUGACCCGACUAUCCAGGGUCCGUGGAUGCUCCGCUGGAAAAUCGUGCAUCACAACAGACACACCAAAGGUCUGGAGACGGGGCAUAACACCAUCUCUACAUGGCACAAGGCUUAGAUUACACAGUAGUAACUAUGUAGCUAGUAACUACUAACUACAUGGCACAAGGCAUAGAGUACACAGUAGUAACUAUGUAACUAGUAACUACUCACUACAUGGCACAAGGCAUAGAGUACAAAACAGGCAUAACACCAUCUCUACAUGGCACAAGGCAUAGAUUAGGCUUUGUUG